UCUGAAUUUUACAAAAAAAGAAAAACGGAAAUCUGCGUAAACACUCAUCUUUUGAGACUAGACAAAAUUUGGCAAGUUCACAACGAUUGCUCGAUUGCUCUAGUGAAUGAGUAAUAUGUGAGUUUACUUCAUUUUACUGUUACUAAUUAGAAGGAAGAACAAGAGAAACCGAAUCUCUUUAUUCAAUAAUUUUGUUUCAUCCAUAUUGUGCCAGUUGGUUUGUCCAUUUGAAUCAUCAUGUCUGCUAAUGCUGAUAAUAAAGAUUUACGUGAAGCCUGUUCCAAGGGUGAUUUAGCUGAGGUUAAACGUUUACUAGGCAAAGGAGCUGAUGUUAAAUCAAGAGAUUCUUCUGGUAAUACACCUCUUCAUAUGGUUGACGAAGGCCAAUUUGAGGAGAUAAUUGAUUUGUUGGUGAAAAAAGGAGCUGAUAUUAAUAAAGGUGAUCGUAAUAUGUGGACUGCACUUCAUUGGGCCUCUGUAAAGGGAAAAAAUGAUGUUGUCAAGGUUUUAAUUAAACAAGGAGCCAAUAUAAAUGCUAAAACUGUGGACGGUUUCACGCCAUUGAUGGCAGCAAUCAAUGGAUUUUACAAUAAAGUUGGUGAUUACGCUAAUGAAGGAUCUGAACACAUUUUUAAAGAUGUCUGCUUCGCCAUUGCAUCUCAUAUGACCAAAGCUGAUAUGGUUAAUAUCAAAAACAACGAGGGUUUCAAUGUAUUAGAUUUUGAUAAUGCUCUUAACAACAGUUUUGUGCUUUCCAUGCUUGAAAUCAUCCUUAAAUGAUUAUCAAUUUUCCCUAAACUUGAUGGUGGUACGCAAUGAGUCGACUAUUGUUCAUCACUUCUUAGCCUAUCAAACGUCAACAAAUCGCUUUCUAUUUUACUCAAAGUGCCCUUAGCGCAAAUUUUGCCAAAGAGAGGAAAACAAACCUCCAAAAGUACGACUGCAUAAUGUAUCAAUAUUAAUGUCCUUGCUUUCUUAUCUCACAGAUAUCAAAACGACAGCGAUUGAAAGAGUUUUCACAACAUUGUACACGAAAAUAAGUUACGAAUCAAUUAAUGGUCGGACUGUAUUGAUCAUGAAUUAAACUCACCUUAUCAAUGUCAUUAUUUUGAUUCAUUAACGAGAUCAUAACCCAAACUUGGACAAGAGCGAAGCGAAGAGAGGCAAAGACCAACAAAUAACAUUUACGACAGUUCAAUAUCGAUUAAACCGUUUAUAUCAAA